AUGCCGACGAUCUUGCAACGAAGGAAGAUGGAGGACAAGCCUUUCGAAAAGAUCCUCAACUUUCGGGACGUGGGGAAGACGAUCAAUGGAUUCUUAGGGGAGAAGUCGCACUCGCUCUCUUCAAGUCACUGGAGACCCCGUAAUCUCAUCUCGACCGAACCCCCUUUGCGCCUCGCUAACCCACCCCCCAGAACCGAACAUGUCAACCGAGCCAAGAAGCGAGAGCGUGACCUUAAGAACCCAGCCCUCUUGCAAGCCAACGACGCCCUGGCCGAACCCAUCGAGAUCCCGGGCAUGAAAUACCUUAUGAUCAACGUCAAUGGCAGAGGGUUUGAGCGGAGCAUGCUGUGGAAGUUGAAGUUCUGGAGUUUCAUGUCCGUCCCCCCAUCUCCCCCUCUCCGCGCCCGAAGAAAAAGAAGAAAAAGAAGAAAAACCCCCCCCCCUUCUUCCAUCGAGAGAUCCUCCCAAGAGCCCGCACUGAACCUGACAACCCGCAGCAAACUCGUAACCCUAAUGCUCCUCGGCUACCGCAUGCAAGCCAUCUCCAUCCUCGGCCGCGAAGUCAUGCAGCCCCGGGGCCUAAUCGGCCUAGGCCACGACUCCCUCGACAACAGCGGUCCGGAGAUCGCGGAAGCCCUCCUCGCCUUCACCAACGAGGCCCAGACUCCGAUCCUCGUGCACUGCACCCAGGGCAAAGACCGCACCGGCCUCAUCGUCGCGCUCCUCCUCCUGCUGCUCGAGAUCCCCCUGGACGCAAUAACGCACGACUACGUCCGGUCCGAGAAGGAGCUGCUCCCGGAGAGAGAGGCCCGCGUGAAGGAGAUUGAGAGCGUCGGGCUCUCGGAGGAUUUUGCGGCCUGUCCCGAGGACUGGGUCAGGUGUAUGCACGCAUACCUGAAUGAGAACUAUGGCGGCGUGAGACGCUAUCUCAGGAGCGUGGGCGUGAGCGAGGUGCAGGAGGAGUCGCUCGUAAGAGGGUUAAGAGCUUAG